AUGCGGAUUAUUCAUGGUAAUGGUUACUCCGAUGAAGACAAACGUGCUCACAUCCGCCUUGUAUAUCAGAAUAUUUUCAUGGCAAUUCAAGCUAUGAUUCGUGCCAUGGAUACGCUCAAUAUUCCGUACGGCGAUCACUCUUUAGAUCUGCAAGACAAAGCAAACGUAGUUCGGGCAAUAGAUUAUGAAAAUGUGACAUCUUUUGAAGAACCAUAUGUUAGUUAUAUAGAAGAUUUAUGGAACGAUUUUGGUAUACAGGAAUGUUAUGAUCGGCGAAGAGAAUACCAGUUGACCGAUUCUGCCAAAUAUUACCUUUCUGAUCUGAGGAGGUUAGCAGCACAUAAUUACUUGCCAACAGAACAAGAUAUUUUGCGUGUUCGUGUUCCCACUACUGGUAUUAUUGAAUAUCCCUUUGAUUUGGAACAAAUUAUAUUCAGAAUGGUAGAUGUUGGAGGUCAAAGGUCGGAACGACGAAAAUGGAUUCAUUGUUUUGAAAAUGUCACCUCAAUCAUGUUUCUGGUAGCUCUUUCUGAAUACGACCAAGUGCUUGUUGAGUGUGACAAUGAAAAUCGCAUGGAAGAAUCGAAAGCACUGUUCCGUACUAUUAUCACAUAUCCGUGGUUCACGAAUUCAUCCGUAAUCUUAUUUCUCAAUAAGAGAGAUCUCUUGGAGGAGAAAAUACUUUAUUCACAUCUCUCCGAUUAUUUUCCGGAAUAUGAUGGUCCUUCGAGAGAUCCAAUUGCAGCAAGGGAGUUCAUAUUGAAAAUGUUUGUUGAUUUGAAUCCGGAUGCGGAUAAAAUCAUUUAUUCACAUUUCACUUGUGCUACUGACACAGAGAAUAUACGUUUUGUAUUCGCAGCAGUGAAGGAUACAAUAUUGCAGCACAAUUUGAAAGAGUACAAUUUAGUAUGA